CUCGCCGCUGCGACCCUUUUGGCUGCUUCCUUCAUGACCUAUCUUACUGGGGUCUCGGCUGCUGAGAUCGACUACACCCGCAUGGCGCUCGAGCGCAAAUACACUACUCCCCACUCGCUCGGCAGAAACUAUCAGUUUGACCCCCGCGACGGCUGGCAGACUGUCAACACUACCAACCUCAGCUACAAGUACUCGUCUCGGGCAGACACGGACUCUGAUCUGGAUGACGACCCUGAUGACACUGACGAAUCUGGGGACUCUGAGGGGCACGUUCUGGAGUCUCGCUCGAAGAAGGCCAACCACAAGGUCAGCAAGAAGACCGUUAAGAAGGCAGCAAAGGCAUCCUCGAAGAUCUCGAAGAAGACCACUACGAAGUCCGCGAAGUCAACUACUAAGAAGCUGACGGGAUCUACCACUGGCGUGCUUACUGGAGGCCUCAACAAAGUCAUUAACACCCUCAAGGGGAUCGGCAAACCUGAGCCGGUCACUAUCACCUGGUAUACUGGACACGAUCUCCUCAACCCUAGCUGCUGGGACAACACGCCCUGGCACCCAUCUGACGGAUCUUUCGCCGCUGCGCUCACCAUGGAAGGCUGGACGACCAAGCCGAGUUGCUUCAAGUUUCUUGAGCUCUGCCACCAGCCGACGAAGUGCGUCUUCGUGCGCGUCGUUGACUCGUGCGCGGGCUGUGCCAAGGGGUCGAAGCACGUCGAUCUCACGAAGGCCGCCUUCUCCUCGCUUGCGGACCUCGAUACGGGCUUGUUGACUGUGCAGAUGCGGCCGGCGACAGAUCCUAAAGACGGAUGGCUCGAGGAUUUGUGGGGCCCCAAGGUCUAA